AUGAAACAGUUUUUCUACAACAGCUCCUUCCACUGCCACAGUUUCCCCGAGCCCCAUACCUACAACAGCUCCUUCGACUACCACAGUUUCCCCGAGCCCCAUACCUACCACAUCUCCUUCGACUACCACAGUUUCCCCGAGCCCCAUACCUACAACAGCUCCUUCGACUACCACAGUUUCCCGAGCCCCAUACAUGAAACAGCAGCUCCUUCGACUACCACAGUUUCCCCCAGCACCAGUCUUGCUCCUCAGUGUCUGGGAAACCAGGUGAUGCUGGAGAACAGCACAGCCUGCGGUUGUCCAUCUGGAAUGGUGAAGGAUGGUGACAACUGUUCCUGCCCUGUGGGCUUCACUGUGGAGGGGGCAACAGGGUGCAAAGACUUUGAUGAGUGUGAAGUAGAGGGGCCAGGGCCAUGUGGUCCCCAUGCCAGCUGCACUAAUAGCCCCGGCUCUUACUCAUGUAGCUGUCUCCGUGGUUACCUGAUGGGUGCUGGAGGGUGCCAGGAUAUAGACGAAUGUGCUCUGGCUGCAGUGACGGGCCUGCAGGCCUGUCACGGUGAUGCUGAAUGCACAAACACCCCUGGCUCCUUCACCUGCUCGUGCCCUUCAGGAUAUGUAAUGGCUCUUAAUGGAAAGAGCUGUGUAGAUGUGGAUGAGUGCAGCUUCGAGGAGCUGUGUCGCCGUGAGCUGGGAAACGUGUGCGUGAACACUCCCGGCAGCUUUGUGUGCCAGUGUCAGCCAGGCUUCAGAGCAGAGGCUCCAGCCUGUGUUGAUGUGGAUGAAUGUACGGAGAGCCCUGCGGCGUGUGUUGGUCAGGGUGUGUGUGAGAAUACGCUUGGGAGCUACAAGUGUGUUUGUCGACCAGGUUACCGGGGAAACGGCACACACUGCGAAGAUGAUAAUGAGUGUGCAUCAGGUGGUCAUGGGUGUGACACCAACGCUCGUUGUGGCAACAUCAUUGGCUCUUAUUUCUGCCAAUGCUACCAGGGCUUCAAUGGAGAUGGACACUCUUGUUUUGACAUUGAUGAGUGUGCUCUGAACAACGGCCACUGUCAACACAACUGCUCCAACGAACCAGGAGGGUACAGCUGCCAGUGUGACUCAGGCUACCAGCUGGACAAGGAUGGACUCAACUGCACAGAUGUGGAUGAGUGUCGGACACUAAAUGGGACCUGCAAGCAUAUUUGCAUCAACACUCAGGGAUCUUUCCGGUGCUCUUGCAGGCCCGGCUACCAGCUGCACAUUGAUGGCCGCACCUGUGUGGACAUUGAUGAAUGUAAACUCAGCAGUGGUGGCUGCUCUCACAUCUGCACCAACUCUCCAGGAGGACACACUUGCCACUGCCCUCCUCCUCUUCUGCUAGACACAGACAACCUCACCUGCAGCAAUGUUACAUCCUGCAAGCUGAGAAAUGGAGGUUGUGACCACAUAUGCACAACGAGGGCUGACGGUCAGGUCCAGUGCAUCUGUCGGGCAAGCUGGAAGUUGGGCAAGAACCAGAGGAGCUGCGUGGAUGUGAAUGAGUGUGGGGACUUCACAAACGGAGGUUGUGAGCAGCUCUGUGUGAACCAGCCUGGUGGGUUUAACUGCACCUGCAGGGACGGGUAUGAAGUGAGAACUGAUGACCUCACCAAGUGCCAGCCUGUGUGUAACCCUCACUGUCACAACUAUGGAGUGUGUGUGGGCCCAAACACCUGUCACUGUCCUCCAGGCUACCAUGGACUGGGCUGUUCAGCCAUGUGCUCCCCACCCUGUGCCCAUGGAGGUACCUGUAUGCGCUGGAACAAGUGUCUGUGUCCUCCUGGCUGGAGAGGAGCAGGCUGCCACACAGCGGUGUGUGAGCUGCCCUGCGCUAACGGUGGUCGCUGCGUGGGGCCUGAAACCUGCCAGUGUCCCUCUGACUACACCGGCCCCCAGUGUCUCUUGCCAUUGUGCACUCCUUCAUGCCAAAACGGGGGAAGAUGUGUGGAUGUCAACAAAUGCACUUGUGUCGGUGGAUGGCAAGGAGCUCGUUGCCAGAUAGAGCCAGUUCAGUGUCAGAAACCUUGUAAGAGCGGUGGAGUGUGUGUGGGCCUCAACAGGUGCCGCUGCGUCAAAGGCUUUACUGGAAGUCUCUGUGAAACCGCGGUGACCACCCCCUGUGUGCCGCCCUGCCGACACGGGGCCACAUGUAGUCCUCACAACACCUGCACCUGUCCAGAGGGCACUGCUGGCCUGCGAUGUGAGAGACUGACGUGUCCUGUGGUCACCACGGUGGUCAGUAUGGCUCGAGCCGUACGAAAGGCGUUUAGAGAGAGUUACGUGGACCGCUGUGGACCUCUGGGAGUUCGGCUUUGCACUAAAUACAGGAUAAACCAGGCACGCGUGUACGUGCUGGCCUACAGGGUGGGUUACAAAAUCCAGUGUCCAGACAGGAAGGGCAGAUGAGUCAUGAGGAAACAUCAAGAAGGAGGGUGUUGUGGCUUCUCUCAGGGCAAUACUCUGCUUGUUUGAUCUGACAAAAGUUGACAAUUAUCUUCUAAUAAGUUCUGUACACAAUCAUGUUUAUAUUAUGUGAGAAUUAUUCCUCAGUAUAUAAAAUGUGCAAUGGUUUCAUUAUUUGUCAUGUUUGUAUAUGGCAGCUGAAAGUUAUUAAACACUUUUAUUUGGUCUUUUUAUAAAAUCGUGUCAAACUUGCAAACUACAAUGUGUUUACAGUUGGUUAACUCUUUUCAAUGAUUGUCUGAUAAUGACUGUAGGGUGAAAGGUCUUACAGUACUCAAAGAGUUCUCUUAAGAGAAUAUUCCCACUAAGGAUAAAGUGUCACACAUACACGUUUUUGAGGUUGAUAUCUCUGCUAUUAAACUAGAAUGCCUUCUCUGACGAAGCUUGUGGUCAUCUCACUAAACAACUCAAAAAAGUAGUUCUGCGUCUAUUUUUGCUACUUGCAUAACUGAACUGCAGGGUGUGACUGUGUGUCAACUUCUAAUCGCUUUGUAGGACUGAUAUCUGCCCUCUUACCUAGCACACAGUGGUUUAUGACCUUGUU